CACGAAGAAGAAUCUCUGCGUCACUUCCGCUUCUAUUCAACAAUGGCGUCCUCCACAACAGGAGACGGCGUGAGUGAAGCACAAACAGGCAAAAAAUCGAAAAAGACAAAAAACCAAGUGGAUGAAUCUGAACUCCUGACUGUUCCCGAUGGAUGGAAAGAGCCAGGCUUCAGCAAAGAAGACAACCCGCUUGGUCUGCUUGAAGAGAGCAGCUUCGCCACCCUCUUCCCCAAAUACAGAGAAGCCUACCUGAAGGAGUGCUGGCCGCUCGUGGAGAAGGCCUUAGGAGAGGCACACAUCAAAGCCUCUCUGGAUCUGAUAGAGGGAAGCAUCACAGUUUGCACCACUAAGAGAACUUUUGACCCUUACGCCAUUGUGAGAGCCAGAGAUCUCAUCAAGCUGCUGGCCAGGAGUGUCCCAUUCGAACAGGCUGUGCGGAUAUUAGAGGAUGACGUGGCGUGUGACAUCAUCAAAAUCGGGACCCUGGUGAGGAACAGAGAGCGGUUUGUGAAGAGAAGACAGCGGCUGAUUGGCCCCAAGGGCUCCACCCUAAAAGCAUUAGAGUUGUUGACCAACUGCUAUGUGAUGGUGCAGGGCAACACGGUAUCGGCCCUGGGGCCCUACAACGGCCUAAAGGAGGUACGCAAAGUAGUGAUGGACACAAUGAAGAACAUUCACCCAAUCUACAACAUCAAGACACUGAUGAUCAAACGGGAGCUGUCCAAAGACCCCGACCUGCGGAUGCAGAGCUGGGAGCGCUUCCUGCCCAAGUUCCGCCACAAGAACCUGGCCAAGCGCAGGGAGCCCAAGAAGAAGAGUGUGAAGAAGGAGUAUACACCGUUCCCUCCAUCACAGCCAGAGAGCCAGGUUGACAAGGAGCUGGCCACAGGAGAAUUCUUCCUUCGUGAAAGUGUGAAAAAGAGGAAGAAGAUGGAAGCGAUCAAGGUGAAACAAACAGAGGCACACAAGAAGCAGGAAGAGCGGAACAAAGCUUUCAUUCCUCCCAAAGAGAAGCCUUUAAUGAAGAAAACCACUAAAGCUCCUACAGAAGGAAAGCUGGACAUCGAAGCCAUUAAAGAGAAAGUGAAAAAAGCAAAAACCAAGAAACUAGGCGCUCCACCAGUGAACCCAGCUCCUCCCACCAGCAGCAACACCAACAGAAAGAAAAAGAACAAAACAAAAAACAAAGGCUAACCACAGGCUGUUGUCAUGUGUACCAUGUGAUAUGGUAUGUGUUGGCCAGUCAUGUUGGACAAAAAAGGACUCAGGAAGAUGUGACAUCAGACAUCCAGUGUGUGUGUGUGCUGGGAUCAAAAUUAAUUCCAUCACAAACUGUCAUGGAAGUUUAUAUUGAACUCCUUUUGUUGGGAGGAUUUCCUGUUCAUAUAUUACAUUGUAUAAUUUCCUUCUAUCUGGAGACCAAUUCUCAGUCAGAGAUGAACAGACCGCCUGUGAGUGAGGUUCAUUUUCCUCUUCUGUUUUGAUAGACUGUCCAGAUUUUGAGUGGCCAGUAUUUAUGUUUAGACUGAUGUGUGUUCAGGAGAAGGCAGAAAAAAAUUAAAAUGUAAAAUUAAAGGUAGAUUUUUAACAAAAUGUUUUUGUAGGUUUGCCUUAAUUCCUUUAGGUCAAGGAAAGAUUUUCCCAGCAGCUUUGUUGUAGAGGUACAGUAUAGUGAUUUAACAAUAUCUCAUGACACAAGUUCAUAGCAGACUCCACAUUUAUGAGAAUGAGAAUGAAAAUAAAGGUUAAUGUUAUCCUCCUG